GCGCGGCCGUAACCGUCGCUCGGCGGGGCGGUUGUUCCCUCAGCGGAGAGCGGCGCGCGCUCGGGCCCCGCUCCCGCCGCUCCGCGGAACCGCCUCCGGCCCGGCCCGGCGCGGGCGGGCUCCAGGGAUUGUGUUUGGAAAAUGCCAAGCCGGAAGUUUGCUGAUGGCGAGGUGGUGAUGGGCCGUUGGCCGGGAAGUGUCCUGUACUACGAGGUACAAGUGACCAGUUAUGAUGAUGUUGCUCAUCUUUAUACUGUCAAGUACAAAGAUGGGACUGAACUUGCACUGAAAGAAAGUGACAUAAGGUCACAGUCAUCAUUCAAGCACAGGAAGAGCCAGUCUUCUUCAAGUUCUCCCUCCAGAAGAAGCAGCAGAUCCCGCUCUCGGUCUCCUGGUCGGCCGGCAAAGGGCAAGCGUCGUUCUGCUUCCCAAAGCAGGGAACACAAAGAUGACAAAAAGAAAGCCAUUCAGGAGACCACCUUAGCUCUACCGAAACCAAGUGAGAAUAACACCAAAAGGUACAAUGGUGAACCUGAAACUACAGAAAAAAAUGACACAUCCUGCAUCAUCUUGGAGCAAAAGUUAAAACCAGACCUGGAAAUCAAGCGUGUGCUUGAGCAGUACAGCUUGCGUCCAAGGAAAGAAGAGAAGAAAAAAGAAGAGAUCUAUUCAGAGAAGAAGACUUUUUUGGCUAUAAAACCAGUUGAAAAAAUACCAGCGAAAACGAAGGAUCUAGAGUUUGGGGGAAGAAUUGGGACCUUCAUGCUGAUGCUUGUCCUGCCUGCUACUGUAUUGUACUUGCUGUUGAUGUGCAAACAAGAUGAUCCAAGUCUUCUGAACUUCCCUCCUCUGCCAGCACUUGAGAGUCUUUGGGAAUGGAGGGUGUUUGGCAUCUUUCUUCUGUGGUUUUUCCUUCAAGCUGUGUUCUACUUGCUGCCAAUUGGAAAGGUUGUAGAAGGCCUACCCCUUUCCAAUGGAAGGAGACUAGAGUACCGGAUAAACGGGUUUUAUGCUUUUAUUUUGACUGCUGCAGCUAUUGGAGCUUUAUUAUACUUUCAGUUUGAGCUCCAUUAUUUGUACGAUCACUUCAUGCAGUUUGCAGUGUCUGCUGCAGCUUUUUCUUUGGCGCUGAGCAUUUAUCUGUACGUUCGAUCCCUGAAAGCACCCGAGGAAGAACUAGCACCAGGUGGAAAUUCUGGGUAUUUUAUUUAUGAUUUUUUUACUGGACAUGAAUUAAACCCUCGUAUUGGCAGUUUUGACCUCAAGUACUUCUGUGAGUUGCGUCCAGGAUUAAUUGGCUGGGUUGUUAUAAACUUGGCAAUGCUCUUGGCUGAGAUGAAGAUCCACAACCUCAGUGUGCCAUCCCUGUCCAUGAUUCUUGUGAACAGCUUCCAGUUUCUCUAUGUGGUGGAUGCUCUUUGGAAUGAGGAAGCUGUUCUGACUACAAUGGACAUUACCCAUGAUGGAUUUGGAUUCAUGCUGGCAUUUGGAGAUUUGGUGUGGGUUCCAUUUGUCUACAGCCUACAGGCUUUCUACUUAGUGGGUCAUCCCACCACGAUUACUUGGCCUGUUGCUGCUGCAAUUACUGUCCUGAACUGUAUUGGGUAUUACAUAUUCCGUAGUGCAAAUUCUCAGAAAAACAAUUUCCGACGGAAUCCAGCAGAUCCCAAGUUGGCCAAUCUGAAAUUUAUACCCACUGCAACUGGAAAAGGGCUUCUGGUCACGGGUUGGUGGGGUUUUGUUCGUCACCCGAAUUACCUCGGUGACAUCAUCAUGGCUCUGGCAUGGUCCCUACCCUGUGGUUUCAAUCACAUUUUACCCUAUUUCUACGUGAUCUAUUUCAUCUGCUUGCUUGUGCAUCGAGAGGCUCGUGAUGAGCACCACUGUAAGCAGAAGUAUGGCCUGGCCUGGGAGCGGUAUUGCCAGCGCGUGCCGUACCGCAUCUUCCCCUACAUCUACUAGAGCACUC